UUCUUUCAUUUCUAAUUAAUCAAUUGAAGAGCUUAAGGAGUUCUCUUAAAAGUCUUCUCACUUCCUAGCAUAUGCUACUAAAAUUAGUUAUUCGAGCCUAAGUAGUCUUCUACUUUCGUCUCAUCAUUAAGAAUUAAUCAACUUGCAUUUGCUCAUCUCCAAGUUGAAUAAUAAUAAGAAAAGGCCAACAACUUGAAAUAUGUCCAACUAUCCCAUUGAAGUGCCCAUGCAGCCCUAUGCCGGCAGGCUGCUCAUCAUUGAGCAUCUAAUUGUGCCCGAUCUCAGCGACGAUCAGAAGAUGGCUUCCGGCAAGAAGCCCAUUCCUGGACCCAAAUUUGGGGACAUGCCACGCCCGUCGUUCUUCGAGCCAAAAGUUAUUGAGAAGACGCUGCUCAAGUACUGCACCUUAGAGGGUAUUUCCAAGGACUUCAAGGAAGAUCUUGUCAAUGCGCUGCUCGCCGCUGUGGAGACCUACAUGAAGUAUCUGAUGCGUACAGUCAUCGAGCUGUGUGAGCAUCGCUCUGGCAACAAUCUGUAUAACGAUCCACGUUGUGUGGUGCAGCACAAUAUGCGCACCACAAUGAUGUUUCUCAACGAUCGCGAGGUGGCUGAUUACGGCUGCUCGGAUGAUGAUUCCGCCUACGGGCAUCGCAGACGCUGGAUGAAAUUGCAACGCAACCGCCCCACCAACUCGGGCGAGAGCGAAAUGCGCCUGGAGUCAACAAAUAAUACGGCCAUGAUGGCAUUGGGUGCUCGAAAGCCAGGUGCACCAGGUAGUUCGUUCCUUGCCGGCGGACAGGCAUCUGGCGGCGCACAGCCGCCACAACGUUCGUUUAUCAUACGCAUCAAGCACAUGAAUGUCAAGGAUAUACUGCAGUUCAUGGAGGAAGAGAAGCGCUACUACAAAUCCAAGUUGCUCUACGAUGCAUAUUUAACGUACAAGUGGUAGAGGGAGAGAGAGAGAGAGGGGCGGAGGGGCUCUGGCAGAUAUAGAAGUGGCUUAGACAUGUCUCUGCACGCGCGUUACGAUUUCAAUUACAGCCAUGUUCACUUUAGUUCAAUGAACUUCCUUUUGAAAUAAAUCAGAACAAAAGCCC